AUGUCUAGUAACAGUACUAGCGGUUCCAAUGUGUUCACUACCGCUAUGAAUCUUCUUGGUCAUAAUUGGAACACCGAUACAACCGCGCCAACGACUACAAGUACAAACAACCCGAAUGAUGUCUGCAUAGCUGGCGGAUAUUUCCGUCCAUACUUGUCACGCCCAUCACAAACAGCCAACACCGCUACCAAUAGUCAAACUCAAACUAGAAACGAACUCGGAGCUGGUACCAGCAAUGGCAAUGGUGACGGAAGUAAAGCUGCCGAUCAUGCAGAAGAUGUCGCUGAUGAUUCGAGAGCUGAUGAAGAGAAGUAA